AUGCUGUUCUACCGUCGGGCUGCCCUCAUCCUUUCCGUGUCGUUUGGAUCGGCGUAUGGCGCGUUGUACACGGACCCAUCACAGCUGCCGAGCAAGAGCUAUGAUUACAUCGUAGUUGGCGGUGGUGCUGGCGGAGGUGUCAUCGCUAGUCGUUUGACCGAGAACUCCCAGGUCAACGUGCUCCUCAUCGAGGCCGGUGGAGACAGCGCUGGCAACGAGAACAUCGCCAUUCCCUUUUUCGGCCCUACGCUCACUCCCAAUACACCCCUCGACUGGAAUUACACCACCACUUCGCAAGCCGCUCUGAAUGGACGCAGCAUUGCUUAUGCUCGCGGCAACGUCUUGGGUGGAUCGACGUCAGUCAACUUCAUGGUCUUCAACCGCGGAUCCAAGGACGACUACGACAGGAUCGCCAACGUGACCGGCGAUUCUGGCUGGUCCUGGAAUUCGUUACAGACUUAUUUCAAGAAGCUGGAGAAGUUGGUCCCUCCUGCUGACAAUCACAACACGACUGGCGAAAUUAUUCCCUCCAUUCACGGCACCUCGGGUCCCUUGGCCCUGUCCCUUCCUGGUUUCAGCCUGCCCACUGACGCCAAGGUCCUCGCGGCUUCCAAAGAGCUCGGUGGCGAUUUUGCGUAUAACCAGGAUGUGAACUCUGGCAACACCAUAGGAGUCAGCUGGGUGCCGUAUAGUAUCCAAGAUGGGCAGCGCGCCAGUUCCUCUACAGCCUAUAUUCAUCCUGCUCUCAGCCGGUCCAACCUUGACGUUCUUCUCAACACCCAAGUCAUCAAGCUCAUCAAGACAGGCACUAGCUCCGGCCUCCCGAUCUUCCGCGGCGUUCAGUUCGCUACGUCCGCCGGUGGCACGAAGUACGCUUUGAACGCGACCACGGAAGUCAUCCUCUCCGCUGGCGCCGUCAAGACUCCCCAGCUCCUGCUUCUCUCUGGUAUCGGUGAUUCGACCGCGCUGUCCGCAUUGGGCCUGAAGACCAUCGUCGACCUCCCCGACGUCGGCAAGAACCUCCAGGAUCACGUGCUACUCUCCAGCCAGUACAGCGUCAACUCGACCGACACCCUGGACAAGAUCUCGCAGAACGCCACCUUUGCCAGCGACCUCGUGAAGCAGUGGGAAACCUCGAAGACCGGCCAGCUUGUGCUGGGCCCCGCGACCCAAUUCGGAUGGCACCGUCUCCCGAGCAACGCGACCAUCUUCAAGACCUACGCUGACCCGACCGCGGGCCCGACGUCUGCCCACCACGAGCUGAUCUUCACCGACGCAUUCGUCUCCUUCGUGCUCGCGACGCCCAAGACCGGCAACUACUUCAGCGUCUUCACCAACGUCAUCUCCCCCGCAUCGCGCGGCACCAUCAAGCUCCAGUCGACGGACCCCUUCACCGCGCCGCUGAUCGAUCCCCAGCUCCUGGGCAGCCCCGUCGACGUCGCGAUCAUCGUCGAGUCGAUCAAGAAGGCGCGCGCGUUCUUGGCCGCCAAGGCGUGGAACGGGUACAUCCUCGCGCCGUACGGCGACUACGCCAAGGCGAACACGGACGCGGAGCUCGAGUCGUACGCGCGCCAGUACGCGACCACCGUCUGGCACCCCGUCGGCACCGCCGCGAUCGCGAGCAAGGGCUCCAAGGGCGGCGUUGUCAACUCCGACCUCACGGUCAAGGGCACCGUCGGCCUCCGCGUCGUCGACGCCAGCGUCCUCCCCUACAUCCCGUCGGCGCACACACAAAUACCCGUAUACGUUGUCGCCGAGCGCGCGGCGGACCUUAUCAAGGCUGCGCACGCCACGCGCCGCCAGUAGGCCUAGGGCUCCCCGCCGCCCCAUCCUUAGCCCGCCGCGCCCCACACUCGCUCGUCUUCUUGGGACUUUAUUAUCGACCGCAUAAACUUAUUCGCAAUUUUUUGCUCUUCUUUUUUGUUAUUCACCACUCGCGCUCGUUCGUCGGCCCGUUCACUCCCUUGCCUCCUCUUCGCCGCCGCCAAAUGUAAACGGCGCGCGGCGCUACAUACUUGUCGUAUAACUAGUCUGCACAUAAUGGGCGUUUUGAUGGAAGAAUGUGUACCCGUACGUUGCUGCUGCGAUACAGACACACACAGACACGCAGACC